AUGAGUAAUCAAACAAAAAUGAUAAUUAUUACUUCAAAUGAAGAUCUUAUUCAUCAGUUAUGUUUGAACACAUCAAAAAACACUCAUGUCAUCGAUUUAGAUGGAAAGAAUUCAACGAGUCCAAUAUCCAAGAAUAACAAUGGCUUACUUGACCUUACUUUUCUUGCUCAACUUUCCGAACUUAAUUCAACAAAUGAUCAAAUGUACAAACGAGUUCUUGAUUCUCCUCAACAUAGUCGAUCAAAAAUGUUAAAAAAAGAAAACGAUCUUGUUUGUCUUAUUUGUGGAGAUCAGGCCAUUGGUUUUAAUUAUGAUGUUCUUACAUGUGCUUCAUGUAAAGCAUUUUUUCGUCGGAAUGCUCAACAUAAUCUGGAAAAAAUCCGUUGUCGAACAGGACAAAACCGAUGUUCAAUAUCUCAUAAUAGCCAUCGUAAAUGUCAACGAUGUCGAUUAGAAAAAUGUUUUGCUAUGGGUAUGAGAAAAGAUUUUAUUGUGAGUGAAGAAGAUAAACAAAAACGACGAGAACGUCUUGAAGAAAAUCGACAAUUGUUUAAUAAACGUCAAUCUUCUACAGAAUCGAUUUCUUCAUUAACUAAUGCAUAUGUUUCAGCAUCGCUUAGUGGAACUGAUGAUCGUCUUUUAAUGGAUACAAACAAUGACAAUCCUGUUUCUCAUGAUAAAACUGAUUUGAAUAGAAAGCUAAGAACCUCAAGUCAAAGUAUUUCGAUUGAAGAUUGGUCGGAUAUUGAAAGUAUUAGAUCAAGUUAUUCAUCAAUAUUUCAAAAUCAUAAUUCUUUAUGUCGUUCAUUUGAUACAUCUGAUCGUAAUUCAGCUUUAAUAUCCUGGUCACAAUUUGCAAGUCAAACAGCUUUGAAAAUGAUUAAGUUUUUUCAGCAAAUUGAUGAAUUCGAAAGUCUAAAUGAUGAUGAUCGAUUUACAUUGAUAAAAUAUAAUCUUCUUCCUCUAUAUAUGAUACAAAAAUGUCUAAAUUAUAAUCCAUUAACUGGAACAUUUGUCAAUAGAAAUAAUGAAGAUGUUUUAAAACGUCGUCAAUUUUUUGCAUUAUGUUAUGGAACAAGUGGUAUCCGUGAGAAAUUUAUGAGUUUGAUCCGUUCUUUUUCAAAAGUAACUGAACAAGAUUCAAUUCUACUAAAUCUUCUUCUUGUCAUAUUACUUUUCUCGAAAGGUUUAUCAAUGAGUGAAAAUGAACCUACAUUAAAUGAUGAACUUGCUGUUAAUCGAGCUCAAUCUCAUUAUACAAAAUUGACUUGGAAUUAUUUAGUACAUAAACAAGGUGAAAAGAAAACUUCAAAACAAUUUACACAAAUAUUAACUGAAAUUGAAAGACUUCAAUCAUUUACAAAAUAUUUUCGCGAAUUUUUUCUUACACAAACCAAAUCAACGGAUACAUUAGAACGUUUUGCGCCACUUAUGCAAGCCGUUUUGAAUGUUACCUAA